AUGACACUGACUCCCGCCCCGCUGCAUAUUCUCACGAUCAAUGCCAAAGGCCUGAACAAACCAGAGAAGAGAUCAGGAGCACUGAGAGACUUUCAUAAACAAAGGGCCUCGAUAGUCAUGUUGCAGGAAACACACUUUCAGAAAGGGGCCAGACCCAAACUAACAAACCAACACUACACACAAGGAUACUACAGUGACUACCACGGGGGGAAAGCUAGGGGGACAGCAAUACUUUUCCAUAAGAGGGUGCCGUUCUGGGAGGGGGGCUGCUUGUCGGACGACGAAGGCAGGUACCUAUUCCUCAAGGGGGAAAUAGCAGGCCGUCAGUACACGUUCGCAACCAUAUACGCCCCAAACACACGACACCUCAAACAAACACUCCACAAGCACCAGGCGUUCAAAGAAGGGACUCUCAUACUGGGGGGUGACUUUAAUGUUGCAUUAGAACCGUCAUGGGACACUUCAACGGGCACCUCACAUAUCCCCAACCAACAACUGCAAG